CUGAAACUUUAAACCUCCCUCCUCUAGCAAGGGUAGGAUGGUCUGUAACUAGGUUUGAAGGUCUUACCUCAACAAAGUUUCAUUGGGAUUCAAAUAAAUAUGGGAAUUUUGUCCGCCUCAUGACAGAAACAGAAGGCAAGGUAGGGCAUAUAUUUAUUCCGGCUGGCCUGAAUUCUGAGGGCAUUUACCUUUUUGUCAAAGCUAUCAAUGAUGCUGUAAACUUUAAAGGGGAGAUGCAAAUGAAGUCUCCAGCAAAUGACCUAGAAUACGAGGGACCAAAUAAGGGCACAAAACCCAAAGAGGGAGAGGAAAAUUCAAGAAUGACAAAGUGGGGUGAUGAAGCUGAAGAAGAAGAGAGGGUUGCAACGAAGCCUUCUAUCUCCUCAGAGCUGCUUGAACUUGAUAUUGGGUUGGCAACAAGGAUAGUUGACAGAUCAGAACAGGGUCAGAACUUUAAUUCAGAAAUGAAAGAAGAGGUCAGUGAGGAGGAUUUAGAUACUGAAAAACUUUUCCAACCAGUUUUUGAGGCAUACUUUGAUGCACUCUUUAAAGCAGCAGUGAAUCAAUUGAAAGAGGCAUUAGCAAAGAAAGAGCUAUUGGAAAAUCUCAAAAAGGGUUUACUUCAAAACCGACAAGGAAAAGCUUCGAGGGCUACUAGGGAAACUGUUAGAAGCAUGGAGAUUGUUAACUUAGUUAACAUCGAGGGAGCUAAAUAUCCUGUCUUCUUAUCCUGUUCUAAUGAAGAUAAAGAUAUUGUUCUUGAAUUUCUCUCAGGUCUAGAGGGUCUCCCUCUUCACCUUUUUGAACCCAAUGCCCUUUUUUCUAUAGCUAACCUGGUGGGUCUCCCCCUCCAAAUGGAUUCUGCCACAGUGGACCUUACAAGACCCUCCGUGGCAAGGGUGUGUGUCGAAUUGGACCUGACUAAAGAUAUGCCUAAAGCUGUUUGGAUUCACCUUGGUCAAUUAUCCUUCCUCCAGCCUAUUACAUACGAAGAUUUGCCUGAGUAUUGUAUUUCUUGCCGGGCUAUAGGCCAUAAAAAGUGCAAAACUCAUAGGAAAUCUUCUAGAUGGUUUAGGAGGGAGGGUAAGCUGUCUAGCAGAAGCUUGAAUGAUUCUAUAAAAGUUUUGGUUCCUGAAUCUAGCGAAUUGGGUGCUAAUUCUGUUAUUGCCCAUAAUGCUCCUAAUCAUGCUGUUGAUAUUUCUGCUGCUCCGAGUUUUGCUGAUGCUACUUUUGCUAUUCCUAACUCUUCAACUAAGACUCCUGUCUCUACUGAUGCUUUACUUGAAGGUCCUUUUCCUCUUGUACAAACCUGCAGUGAUGAAAAUGAGCAGGCUAAGGAUCCUACCAUCCUAAUUGGAAAAAUACAAUGCACCAAGGAUGCUUCACUACCUGUUCCUAUUGUUGCUGAAAAUCUAUUGGGAAAGGAUGUUUCAAUUCCAACUGAUCCCCUACUGCCUGGUCCUGUGGUUGCUGAAAGUUUCCUGGGAAAAGAUGUUGCAAGUCCAACUGAUCCCGCGCCACCCCUAACUGUUUUUGAGGAAAGCACUGUACUCCACAGCCCCCCCUUCGUCCCUUUACCUGAAGUUGUCCACACACCCGUCCCCUUAAUUGCAGAUUCAAAUGUCCCUGAUGCUUGUGAUGCACACAGUACACUCCGAAAGGAUAGACUGGAUGGCUCACAUGACAAUUCAGUUUGUGGGGAUGAUGAAAUUAUUUCUGACCCACAUUCCCACUCAAAACCGUUUUGUAUUGUUAACUGACCCGAUGAUUAUUGAGAUUUCUGAACAGUUUUUUAUAAUAGGAAUAGAAGACUAUGUUGUAACAGUAGUCUAUGAAUUAAGGAUAGAACUGUUU